CGUCUUUCGAAAGGGCGGUCGAACUUUGAAUCAACAUAAUAAAACAAGGUUUGCCCAUAGCUCAGUGCCUUAACUCGGGUCAGGUGGUAUAGUUUUCGAAUUCUGGAUUGACUUGAGCAAGGAACUUAAACCGACGAAAAGGAGACGAGCAGGGGUUCCUCCUUUGGGUGACCAGUGGUUACAACGAUGUCUCAGCCAAGAAGACAUGCCAGUUUUUGGACCGUUUUCACCCUCUUGGCUUCUCUGUUCGCUUUUGGUUUUAGCCAGUCGCCACCCGUCUGCAAUCCGCAGAUCCACUUCAAAACACUUCGAGAGAACUCAGCACCAGGUACGGAAAUAAUAAAGUUGGAAGACGAGUGUACGGACACUGAGACCCUGAGUUAUUCCGUGAUAUCAGGGAAUGAGGAUGAUUUCUUUGCCUGGGAUAACGCGACCGGGGCCAUUACCUUCAAAAAUAGUCCUGAUGCUGAAAAUACAUCAUCGUCGGAUGGGUCUUACUCGUCUCCGUUUGUGCUGGUAGUUGACGUGGACAAUAACGUAAGCCCUGGGCCCACCAGAGUGACUGUCGUUGUUUACAUCGAUUCGGAAAACGAGGAAACGCCUGUCAUCACUAACCUGAACAACGUGAACAUCUCUGAGACGAAGCUUGUGGGCACCACGCUGACGACCUGUACAGUCACAGACGCCGACCGUUCGGACACAGCGGACGCUCAGACACAGCUGAGCAUCGUUUCUGGGAACACGGACAAUAAGUUUGCCAUCGAUCCGAACAACUGUGAUAUCAUACUGAUCCAGCCUCUGGACUAUGAGUCAGGGACUACUUCCUAUACUCUGACUGUACGCGCCACUGACAAGGGAGUCAACCUAGGUCCUAAAACUGUUGAGGAGACUGUGACCAUUACUGUCGAAGACAUAAAUGACGUGGUACCGAGUUGUACACAGACUACGAUCAUCCAGCCUAUCCUAGAUGGAUCUACAGCGGGUUCCGCUGUUGCAUCUCUCAGUUGUACCGACCCGGACGGAGGGCCUCUCACCUAUACCAUCAAUAGUGGAGACUCAACACGUGUCCAGUUGGUUGAUCCGGCAGUUGGGAAUUUGACCCUUGCUUCUGACGUCGACUACGACCCCCCUGGGAAUGACCGUUUGUUUGUCGUGGAGGUGACGGUGGCUGACACAGUGGCGACUCAACUGUCGACUACCGUCACCGUGAGCGUUUUCAUUGAAGACGUCGACGAUAACCUGCCAAUAUUCUCGGGAGCUCCGUUUACAAUCGACCCUGUGCUAGAGAGCGCCCCUGUCGGCACGACUGUGUACACUUUCUCUUCGACGGAUGUGGAUGCCACAACCUUGUUCUCGACACCAACCUACGCCUGGGCAGCUCCCUGUCCUACGCCCAAUCCUAACAGAGACAAGUUGCUGCUUGUUCCUAACACAGGAGCUGUCCUGGUCAAUGGAGCCUUGAGCGCAGCCGACUCCCCGUGGGAAUGCAACGUUACAGUGUACUCCGGGAACAACUCGGCCUCAACCACAAGUGAAGCAGUUUCUAUCGCAAUAGACGCUACAAACAUAGCCCCGCCAGUCUUUGAGGAGGGUGGGAGUCCGGUGACUCUGUACCAAGCAUCGAUCACGGAGGCUGCAUUUCCUCAAGUUACUCCUGUCACUACAGUGACUGCUGUUGACCCCGACACGACUGCCGUCACGUACACCCUUAUCACAACAGGCUCUCCAUUCAGCGUAAAUUCGAAUACAGGAGUUGUCUCACAGGACAGGCCUGUGGACUACGAGACAGACCAAGAUUUCCUGUUGGCGAUACGAGUAAACCGAUCACGACAAUCACAGUAGUGGACAAUGACUUAGGCGUGGACGGCCAAGUUCUCCUCACCUUACUAGACCCUAAUGUCCCAUUCGUCCUCGAGCCCACCUCUGGUCGCCUGCUCGUCGCUGAUGGCCUGGACGCAGAGACCAAUACCUCUUACGACCUGGUGGUCGUCGCUACUGACCAGUCUGAAGGGACAAUUAGGUCGUCCAGUGUUACCGUCAAGGUAGCUGUUACUGACGGAAACGAUAACGCCCCGGAAUGUAACUCGCUGGGAGAUAUUGUCAUUAAGCCUGACACAAACACCGGAGAUACUGUAGGCACCUUGGUGUGCACGGACCGAGACACCAGCACACAGAACAUUCGCUACACGGAGCUAUCCGGGGAUACCUACGAUUACUUCCUUGUGGACGCCCAUGACGGACAAAUCCGCGUGCGGAGCAGCCGAGUCGUCCCAGGGACCUACACCGUGUUCAUUCAGGUGACGGACGGGGGUACUGACCCGCUACUGACCACAACUAUACCUGUGGUCAUCCGUGUAGAGACGGACCUGACCUUCAAAGACCUGCCUCUGACCCUCUUCGUGUCCGAGUCGACGGCAGUUGAGGACACCAUCCAAACAAUCAACGCCACGGGCUCGUAUGACGCCAUUACUUACAGCAUCACUGGGGGCAAUACAGACGGAGUCUUUCACAUUGACCAGUCCUCGGGAGCCGUGAUCCUUGUCAAGGCUCUGGACAGAGAAAGCACACCCUCCUAUAUCCUUGAUAUCACCGCUAAAACCGUCAAUGACUUUUCAAAAGUCAGCACUCUCGAGAUCGCAGUAGAAGACGCGAACGACAACGCCCCAGCUUUCGCGAACUCCUACUCCACCUUCUCUUACGUGGAAAACAUCGUCCCACCCACCCUUAUUCAACAGAUAACGGCUACGGAUGCGGAUACAGGUGUGAAUGCCGCCAUUACUUACUCCAUCCAGUCGGGGAACGAUGCUGGGCUGUUCUCCUACGAUAGCUCCGGGAAUCUCCGUAUUGUCAGUGCGCUUGAUUACGAAACGGCUCAGUCGCAUCUGCUGGUGCUGCAGGCGGUAGACAGGGGAAGCACGCCUUUGACUGGGACGACUAGAGUAUACAUCGUGGUGGUCAAUGUGGCGGAUAACCCUCCACAGAUUGUGCCCACUGGUGGGACGGUGACUGCAAGCUUUGCAGAGGACGUCACGGUUGGUUCUUUGCUGUUCACGAUUGAUGCUGGGGCAAUUGAUGUGGGUUCUGAGCUUACCUACACUAUUGUUAGCGGGAACGCGGAUAACUUUUUCACCAUAAACCAGACGAGUGGGGACAUUUAUUUGGCGCUUCCUUUGGACAGAGAAACACAGUCGUCCUACAGCCUCGGGAUAGAUGUUGCCAACACAAACGGAAAAAGCGAUUCAACUACUUUGAAGAUAACGGUGACAGACGUGAACGAUAACGACCCAGUCUUCGGCAGAGGCAACUACGUCUUUGAGGUGCCUCAUGGGACAGCUGCUGGUGACGUCAUAGGCACACUGGUCAUCAGUGACCGAGACGAGGGCGUGAACGGAGCGCUCACACUGUCCAUCAUGUCAGGCGACCCUGGCAAUGUAUUCUCCGUCAACGGGUUUUCUAUCAAGGCUGCAGCUGGGUUGGAUGCUAAUGUGCAGGAUCUAUACAAUCUAGUGGUGAAUGCCACAGACGGAGGUAAUCCCUCUCGCUCGGCCACGGCCCAAGUGUCUGUCCAUGUUGCCCCUCAGUUCAAACCUCCACAAUUCAGCUCCAGCACAGCCAGCAUCAGCGUGGAGGAGACCAGGAUCCCCGGUUCUCUUAUCUACGACAGCGACGCCACAAUGUCCUCAGCUACCGAGGGCAACGAUGGUGACCUCGAAUACUCCAUUCGAACUGGGAAUGACGAGCAAAAAUUCUAUAUUGAGACCUUCAAAGGCACCCUGCAACUCAAAGGUGCAUUGGACUUUGCGACAACAAGUCAGUACGUGCUAGAGAUUCUGGCAGCGAACAGAGGCGAUCCUUUACUGACCGAUACCCUGACCUUAACCAUUACGGUAACGCAAGUAAACCAGCACACGCCAGAGUUUUCUAGUACCCUUUACUUGUUCACCGUGUCCGAGGAUGCUGCUGUGGCAACAGCUGUUGACACCAUCACGGCCACAGAUUCAGAUACCGGAGCGUUCGGAACUGUGACCUACUCCAUUGAGUCAAACUCUCACUUUGAAGUAAACCUCACUUCAGGACAAGUUUCCACAACAGCUCUGUUGGAAUACUCGCAGAAUAAGAAUUUUUACCUUCAGGUUUACGCAAAAGAUGACGCCGGAGCGACAUCCCGUACAGGGACCUCUGUGAUGCUCAUAACCGUCACUGAUUUGAACAACCACGCCCCAACUGUCGCAGCAUCGCCUUAUACUUUAGACAUACCGGAGACCUUACCUGCUGGAAGCCCCUUGCAUGUUCUGGUGGCAGAGGAUCUAGACUCGGGAGUUUUCGGCACGUACACGUUCGCCAUCACCCCCGGGGACACUUCAGGAACGUUUGCUGUGGACGCUUCGACUGGUGUGUUGUCCUUACAGACACAGCUGGACUACGAGUCGGGUCCUCGCCAGUAUGUCCUAGAGAUUGAGGUCAAGGAUGGAGGUAGCCCCAGCCUGACUGGGACCGCUACCGUCACUGUGAAUGUCCUGGACAGGAACGACGAGGUUCCAGUGUUCACCUCCACCCGCGAGGAAGUCGUGAUAGCCAGUACUACAUCACCGCUGACCACUAUCUACACAGUUGCUGCCACCGAUGCGGACAGUACAGCCGUUUACUACGUCAUAGAGUCUGGAAAUGCGGACGGGUUCUUCAGCAUUAACGUCGAUACCGGAGUAGUACAAACCACGAAAGAUCUUGCUACGGCCAGCGAUUUCUACGAGUUGCAAGUGAUAGGAGUGGACAAUGGUACGCCACAACUGACAGGAACAACAACCGUGGCAGUGACCAUCCAGCCCAUAGUGACCCCAGGGGCAUCUGACUACGCCUUCAGCCUAGUGGAGAACCAGGCGGUGGGCACUGAUGUUGGAACAAUCGCCAAAGACAACGCACUCGGUACCAUUACGUCAUACACAAUCACAGGUGGCGACGUUGAUAACGCGUUCAGCAUCACACUCACAGGCAGCCAGACAGGACAGCUGCAGACAGCGAAGGUCUUGGACCGUGAGUCAAUAGCUCUCUACCGACUGACCGUGCGGGUGGAAGGGAGUGGGGGCUCCAGCGACGUAAUCGUGCUGGUGACCGUUGGUGACGAGAACGAUAACAGCCCUGUCUUCUCUCCCACCACUUUAACCGUGAGUGUGGUGGAAAACCUUCCUGCUGGAAACACAAUCGGCGCCUUCUCUGUCUCUGACGCCGACGAUGGGGUAAACGGUCAGUAUGACCUCGCUAUUUCCGGUCAGUUUUUCCAGAAUUUCUUCUCUGUGUCGUCUGCAGGCGUUAUGACGGUGCUCCAGGAGAUCAACUACGAGAGCGGGUACAGGACUUUUGUCUUUGACGUGCUGGCCACAGACAGAGGCAAUCCCGCCCUCACCGGUACCGGCACCGUCACCGUCAGCAUCGUGGACGUCACCGAGACCUUCACACCAAGCGUGAUCGACCCUGGUGCCUUUAUUUCCACCGAGAUCCCAUAUAACCUCGCCUCAGGCUCUACCGCCUACACCCUCACACCAGACGACUUUGGUUUGAGCCUCGGGGCUGGGGACACAGUGACCUACGCUUCCCAGGGUUCCAGUAGCGUGUUUGACGUGAAUCCCAGCACGGGCGCCAUGUUGGUCAACGAGAACAGCCUGCGCUAUGACGUAUUCACCAAGUACUUCCAGUGGGUCACGUGUUCAGUAACCAGCGGCGGAGUGACCACCUCCAAGGUCGGCCUGGUCCGGAUUGACACAUUCAGUCCAAAUGACCACAUGGUGGCCGUAGUCUCCAGCGGUUCUUCAGCGGAUAUGACAGCGAACAGAGACGGCCUACUGGCCAAUUUCCAAUCUCUUUUCACUGCCCCGCAGUCGGUGCGCAUCUUCCAGAUACGAGAAACGGCAAGUUCCACUUCCAGGCGACGACUGCUGCAGACAGCCGGGUCUGCUGCGAUGGUUGUCGUCGUGAAUGAUAGUGCGGCAGAUCUCCAAGAGAACGUGGACAUGACGAAGACAUUCCUGACUCAGACAGAGGUCCUCACGGUUCUUCAGAGCGACCCGUCUGGGACACCGGCAGGUGGCGUGACGGGUGGGGGCGUCACGGUGACCAGCGUGGAUCCUUACGUGGACGGAACUAGCGAUGACGACAGCACGUCCAUCAGCGACCCGGCAAUCGUCGCUCUCAUCAUCAUCGGCUGCGUAGCUGGCUUCAUACUCCUCGUCGCCAUCAUCGUCUUUAUCAUUUACUGUUGCCUGAAGACUAGAAAUGCAUUCCCCAGCGAAUGACAGUCCUGUAGAUUCCCCAGCGAAUGACAGGCCUCGUUCUGAAACCAAGUUGACGCACGAGAACCCGACCUUUAACCCCUCUGAUUCUGAUGGAGACGUCAUAUGGAGAUAUAGAUAAAUGUUGGAUUAUUUUGUCGUUCGUCUGUACAGAACAGUUGAAUUAUAUCGUCCGUGUGAUUCCCCUGACGUGUGAGUCAGGAAUGUUUCGAGUUUCGAUUUUGAUUUAUUUUCCUCACAAGGGGAUUCUCUGUGAAUGCAAGAAGAUUCCCACUCUUUUUCUGACAGACCUGAUUUCAACCAUGUGCUAAAAAAAUAAAGACUCUAACCAUCUGACUAAAGAGGAAAAAACGUUUUAUUACGAUAAUAAACGAUUAUUUUGAUAGAUUUCUUUUUGUGUGUUUUGCGAAAGCAUCCAAACAGAGAAAUGAGGGGGCAAUCCAUGAUCAUUAGCGUUUGUUUCAGACUUGACGCUUCAUGACGAUGAUAUUGAGAUUUACGUGUUUAGAGAAAUACAUCCUUGAUACUUUAAUUUUUGCUGUUCGAGACAUUUCACCUUGCAUUUGCUCUACAUGUUACUUAAGCUUAGUUUGUGUGUUUGUGUAGACGUGCACACUUUGUGAUAUUUUUUACGAAUGUUAUGUUGAGAACUUUCUUUCAAAUAACUCGAACGCUUAUCAUAACUUGUUUUGAUUUUCGAAUUCCUAAAAUUGAGCCUGUUAUUGACAUAAAUUAUGGAAUACUGAAUGUUCUAUUGGAUUUCCGAAAUUGACGUUGCUAUUCAUAUGAAUUGUCAAAAUGGAUUCUGCAAUUGCGGCUUCUUAUAUUUACCUUGAUACGUUUUCUGUUGGCAACAGUUGUUGCUGGUUUUGAUUCUGUAUGGCACACUGGGCUUUAAAAAAAAACUUUUGAGCAAACAACGAUAAUAUGCUAAAGCGGUAACUUUAUUGUAUAUCACUUUUUGGAGCUUUUUCAAAGUUUACGCUAUGAUUUGUUUUCAUUAUUAUGCUGACGAACUGAACGUUCAGGAAUGACCAGUUGCCUUACUUUCAGAACUUUGUUUUUUCGGGGUCCUUGCUCCCACGUCCGUCUUUAUUGCUGUUUACCAUGUUUUAAGAACUUCUGCUAUGAAACUGAUACUGCUUUAUAAUUAUACUUUACAUGAACUUUUGAGAAAACUUAAAAAGCGGAUGAAAUGUUGCUUGGAAGGUUAACUACCUACCCUCAACGACUUUGCAGUAACUAAAGUUGUGUGUGCUUUGUGGGUGGGGUGGGGGUGGCGCUCGGCUCUCGAAAACAAGAGAGAUUGUGCUUGGUAUGACUUCAGUGUGCAUUUCUUGAAACUGUUUAAGAUCAAAAACAGCUUUUCCAACAUUGUUCUAAAACUCAGACGUAGUUUGGAAAGUGG